ACCUCAGAGGAGAAUCUCUCUGUUUUUUUCUUCUCUCUCUCUCUCUCUGUCUCUCUCUCUCUCACUCUCUAGUUUUCAGCUUUCAAGUUCUCUGUUCAACACAGAAAACGAAGUCGUUUCAAUCUCUUCCCAUUUCCAACUACUCACUGAAGAAGAAACCUCCUUCUGCUUCUCGCUUUCAAGCCGUACCUUUCUCUUCUGGUUAACCUUAACGUCCUGUUUGCCGACUGCGACUCUUCUGGCGCUCGCACUCCUACAUUUAUAAUAACUAUAAGUAAUCCAAAGACUUCUCUUUGUGGAAGCCAGAGCCUUGUAGAUCAAUCUGAAAGUGAAAUACAUUAUAAUUGCUUCUUCACCCAAAAGUAUGACCUUUUAAAAUUUCUGGGAAUUUUUACAGUAUCCAUAGCUCAGAAGCCAUGGCAGGUAUAAAAGUAUGCGGCAAUCCCAACAUGGCUCUUUUCCUUCAAAAUGAAAAGCUUCCUUCUUCUCCUCAACUACUUGAGUCUCUAUGGAUUCCCACUUCCUCUAAUCUUCAUGGGUCAAGAUCCAUGGUUGAUUUUGAGAAAGUGACAGAAGGAGAAGCCAUUGAUGCAGGGUUUUUUCAAGCAAUGGAUAGAGAAGAAAAUGUGGAUGAGGAUUAUGAUACGUGCUUGAAUCCGCCGGGAAAGAAACGACGGCUAACAGCCACCCAAGUUCAGUUCCUGGAAAGGAGUUUUGAAGUUGAGAACAAGCUCGAACCAGAGAGGAAACUCCAGCUCGCCAAAGAACUUGGCUUGCAGCCUCGCCAAGUCGCCAUUUGGUUCCAAAACCGCCGGGCUCGGUUCAAGAACAAGCAACUCGAAAGAGACUAUGAUUCAUUAAAAGCUAGCUUUGAUAAACUCAAGGCCGAUCAUGAUAAACUCCUCAAAGAAAACGAAGCUUUGAAACAAGAACUCGUCUCAAUUCAAAAUAAGUUGAUUCACCAAGACAAAAUGAAGGAAAAAAACCUGGAGCCAGCUGAUCAGGAAAUUAACCUAUCAAAUGAAGAUGAACCUAAUCUGCCAUUAAUGAUGACCCUUAAACAGGAAGAUGUAAGCUCGGCUAAAAGUGAUGUUUUUGACUCGGAUAGUCCCCAUUACACCGAUGGAAAUCAGUCAUCACUCGGAGAACCUGCUGAUUCUUCUCAUGUUUUUGAAGCAGAUCAUUCUGAUUUUUCACAGGAUGAAGAUGAUAAUAAUCUCAGCAAGAGCCUUUUGCAGCCACAGUGGUUUUUGAAAAUGGAAGGUGAUUCUACUUACGGACAUGAUGACAUGGCUGCAAAUUCAUGUAGUUUUGUGUUUGAUCAGCCAAUUUGGUCGUGGCUUUAUUAGUUAGUUGAAUCAGGACUAAUUAUUAUGAAUCAUCUUGGUUAAAGUUCUACAUCCAUAAUCCAUCCUUCAAGAAACUUUGCACAAAUCAAUGUUCCCAUGUUCAUUGUAAAAUUAUGGUUAUAUAGUGAAUGGCCAUCAGUAAAUCUCCUAAAGGUUUAAA